GAGCGGGUUCGGCAUUGGAGCCGGACCCGGAGCGGGAUCGGGAUCGGAACGGGAGCGGCUUUGGAGCCGGACCCGGAGCGGGAUCGGAGCGGGACCCGAGCGGGAGCGGCCCCGGGAGCGGCCGGCGCGCCCGGCGCUGCCCCGCACCGCGCUCGAGGGAGGGGCCGCUCCCAUGGAGGCAUUCCCGGGCGCCAAGCUGGAGCAGCACCGGCACCUCCCGCCCGUGGAGUGCCUGCCGGGCGCCCGCUACGGCGGCCGGAGCCACAGCGCCUGCGGGAACGUCUUCAACUCCUGGAACGACUACCUGGGGCUCGCCACGCUCAUCACCAAGGCCGUGCGCCCCGGCAAGGGCUUCGGCGCGGAGCCCCCCUCGGUGGUGGUGGCGGCCGCCGUGCCGCCGGCCGAGGAGGAGGAGGAAGAGGAGGAGGAGGAGGAAGAGGCGGCGGGGCCGUACUUCGAGGGAGCGCUGGACUUGCACGACCUGGACCUGUGCGGGCAUCACCAUCACCACCACGGCGAGGGGCUGCUGGAGGAGCGCUUCGCCGACUUCAGCCCGUUCCCCGGGCGCGGCGGCCCCGCCGCCGUGGUGUUCGACUGCUCGGGGGAGCACCCGGGCCGGGAGGGCUCCGCCUGGGGCGGCGUGGUGGUGGCGGGGCGGCUGCCGGCGCACCCGCGGGCCGCCUCCCGCCUGCUCAAGCCCGAGCUGCAGGUCUGCGUCUUCUGCCGGAACAACAAGGAGGCGGUGGCCCUCUACACCACGCACAUCCUCAAGGGACCCGACGGCCGCGUCCUCUGCCCGGUGCUGCGGCGCUACACCUGCCCCCUCUGCGGCGCCAGCGGCGACAAUGCCCACACCAUCAAGUACUGCCCCCUCUCCAAAGUGCCGGCGGCCCGGCAGCUCCGGCACGCCCGGACGGCGCUGGGCAGGAAGGGCCGCUGACCCCCGGGCCCGUCCCCCGGCGCGGUGACACCGCCCCGGCCGCUGCGCGCUGGCCCGCGCCGAGCCCGGCGGGGACUGCGCGCCGGAGAUGCGCUGUGUUUGUUUAUUGUAAGAAAGAAAAUAUAUCUAUAUGUGAUUUUUA